UGUGAGGCCCAGGUGUAGCCGAAGAAGUGGCCGCGGAGCCGCCGUCUGCCGGAGUGGGGACUGGUGUUGCAGCGCCGGCGCUUGCCAGGCUCAGUAUCUGGCACCAAUUCUGGCCCAGUCAUUUGUGACCCAUGGCUCUUGUGAUAUGCCGAAGAUUUCCAGGCAGUUUCUGUGGAACGCCUUCCUGUCCAGCUCUAAUCAAGAACCAUAUAAACAAGAAAUUGCUUGAUCAGACCUGUGAGGACUGUGUUCUGACUGCCAAAAUGAUCAGUACUGACACCAGAAUGGCAGCCACUCUGAAGCUGUUAAAGCCUUUAGGAUAUCGAGCAUUUUGCAGUCCUUUUGCCUGCAGUGCAACCCAGAGUGUGGUAAGUUGGAAUGUGGGCAGCUGCACAUGGCACAAGAGACAGGACUCUCCAGAAAACAGUCUCUGCCACCCUGUCAGAAAAGUUAACACGUGUAGUACCUCUGCUUCUUGGAGGAGUCUGACUACCAGCGGGACCCUCCCCGGGUUGGAGUUCAGCAGGGCUUCUGCCUCUAAGGCCAGCACCUUGAAGCUGGGCUCACCCAGGGCCGGGAGAGUUGGUGAAGAGGAUAUAGAAACUUUUGAUUCUUUUGAAGACCCUCGAAUAUUCCUACAGCUACGACCAGAAUACCAGCUUCACAGCUAUAACAGAUCUGAGCCUUGUCAGCCCUUGUCUGUUUCAGAAGGUGAACUAAUUUUAAGCAAAGUCACAAUUUAUCAAGAUAAUCUCCAGCCUCAAAUUAUUGUUGAUUAUUUCUGUAAGCUGAGCUCUUUGCCUGCAGAGCAGCAUCCUGUUUUGCUGUCCAGUGCCAGCUUUGCUGUGCUCUGCCAACUGAGCGUGAAAAACAUACAGCUCUUUGAUGUCCCAGAUCUGAUCAGUAUUUUGAAAGCAUUUGUCACUUUAGGAAUCCCUCAUUCUCAUUCAAUGCUCGACGUAUUUGAAACCAGAUUUUGCCAUAAGGUGUGGGAGAUGAGUCUGGAUCAACUUCUCUUGGUAGCUGACCUCUGGCGGAACUUGGGCCGCAGAGUACCUCGGUUUUUUAAAAUCUUUUUUAGUUAUCUUAAUUUGCACUGGAAAGAUCUGUCCUUGACCCAAUUGAUUCACUUAAUUUAUAUUAUAGGUGAAAGUCGUCAGGCACCCCAGGAGCUGAUGCAAAAACUGGAAUCAUUGAUCCUCAAGUACAUAGAUUUGAUCAAUUUAGAGGAAGUUGGUACAAUCUGUUUGGGAUUUUUUAAAUCAAGUAGUAGUCUCUCUGAAUUUGUCAUGCGGAAAAUUGGAGAUAUAGCUUGUGCUGACAUGCAGCAUCUGAGUAGUUAUGCCUUAGUAAAUAUUCUUAAAAUGUUCCGUUUUACUCACGUGGAUCAUGUAAAUUUCAUGAAGCAGUUUGGACAGAUUGCUCCUCAGCGAAUUCCUUCCCUGGGAGUUCAGGGUGUCAUGCACCUGACACUGGCCUGCUCGGCCUUACGCAUCCUGGAUGAAGGGGUGAUGAACGCUGUGGCUGCUUCUUUGCCUCCUAGGGUAGCACACUGUCGAAGUAAAGAUGUUGCCAAGAUUCUGUGGUCAUUUGGAACUCUGAAUUAUAAGCCACCCAAUACAGAAGAGUUUUAUUCCAGCCUGAUAGAUGAGAUUCACAGAAAGAUGCCUGAGUUCAACCGAUACCCAGAACACCUGCUCACUUGCCUGCUGGGCCUGGCAUUUUCUGAGUACUUUCCAACAGAGCUCAUAGAUUUCGCUUUGAGUCCAGGGUUUGUCAGGUUAGCUCAGGAGAGAAGUAAGUUCGAAGUCACUAAGGAGCUGUAUACUCUUGAUGGUACAGUUGGCAUUGAGUGUCCAGAUUAUAGAGGCAAUCGCCUUAGUUCUGAUCUUCAGCAAGAGGGGUCAGAAAUGCUGUGGAAUUUAGCAAAGAAGGAUAUGAGCGCAAAGCCCGAAUUCCUAGAAACUCUCUUUUUACUUCAGACCAUGCUGGGUGGGCCGCAGUACAUCAAACACCAUAUGAUUUUGCCUCAUACUCGAUCCUCCGAUUUAGAGGUUCAGCUUGAUGUUAACAUGAAGCCAUUACCGUUUAACAGAGAAGCCACACCGAUUGAAGAUGUAGCCAAAUUAAGGCUUAAGCAUGUGGGAAUCAGCCUUACAGAUGAUUUGAUGAGUCAGCUACUACAAGGGAGAGCAAGAGGACACUCCCAGAGGGAAACAGAGUCAGACACUGGGCAGCAGCCCAUGAAAUUAGAGGCGGCGUCCAUUCCUGUUGGGGGCUCCUUUUGCAAUACGGCUGACAGAUUGGGGGCCAUGGAGAUGGCUGGCCCGUGUCCUCCAGCUUCUGUGCAGGCGCCAAAACUGAAGCUGGCUAUUCAGUUGACAAACAAGAACCAGUAUUGCUAUGGUUCCAGGCAUCUGCUUGGACUGCACAACAUGAAGAGGCGGCAGCUGAAUCAGCUUGGGUACCGUGUGGUGGAGUUAUGCCACUGGGACUGGCACCCGCUACUGAGACGAACUCGCUUAGAAAAGCUGGCAUUCCUCCAUGAGAAAGUGUUCACCUCUGCUCUCUGAAGGGCCUUCAGAGUCAUUUCAACUCACAGAUGCUGGUGAUGUGCACUGUGCCAGGUGUUGCGAAAGUUAUAAAAGCCAGAAUGUAGGUUUGGUAAUAAAAUCAUCCGUUGAGGAGACUUGGUUGUGCUCUUGUCUGUGGCAGAUGGAAGCCAUGGCAAAUGUUACUGUGAUUGAUUGUAACCCGGUGCAGUUGUAUAAGUUGCUAAUUUCUGCAGGUGAAUAAUAAACAUGUUAAAAUUUCUCAUA